AUGAAUGGAGUGGGCAUCCCGGAAGAUAUUGCAGCCUUGGUGCGAGUAUUUGAGGAAAUGCUGAGGAUCGAUGACAGCAGUGAGGAGGCUGAUCUAUUUCAGCCAGCCGGUUUCCAGUGGCCCGCCCGCCCGCCCCGGGGACCUCGGCAAGGCCCAGUGGCCCGCCCGCCCCGGGACCUCGGCGGACCGACUGGCCCGCCCGCCCCGGGGACCUCGGCGGACCAAAGUAGCCCGCCCGCCCCGGGGACCUCGGCGGGCGACGGGCCCACCCGCCCCUGGGACCUCAGCGGGCCGACUGGCCCGGACCAAGUAGCCCGCCCCGCCCCACCGGGGACCUCGGCGGGCCGACUGGCCCGACCGCCCCGGGGACCGGCGGCGGACCUCGGAGUAGCCGUGCCCGCCCAAGGGACCUCGGCGGGCCGAAUGGCCCACCCGCCCCGGGGACCUAAGCGGGCCGACGAGGCCCGCCCGCGGGGUGGGGACCUCGGCGGGCGAUGCCCCACCGCCCCGGGGACCUCGGCGGGCCCAGUGCCCCGCCCGCCCCGGGGACCUCGGCGGGCCGACUGGCCGCCAGCCCAGGGACCUCGGCGGGGCGACUGGCCCGCCCGACCCCGGGGACACGGCGGGCCCAGCUGGCCCGCCCGCCCCGGAGACCUCGGCGGGCCCAGUGGCCCGCCCGCCCCGGGGACCUCGACGGGCCCAGUGGCCCGCCCGCCCAGGGGACCUCAGCGGGCCCAGUGGCCCGCGCCCCGGGGACCUCGGCGGGCCCAGUGGCCCGCCCGCCCCGGGGACCUCGGCGGGCCGACUGGCCCGCGCCCUGGGGACCUCGACGGGGCGACUGGCCCGCCCGUCCCCGGGGGGACAUCGGCGGGCCCAGUGGCCCGAUCGCCCCGGGGACCUCGGCGGGCCCGUGGGCUCCGCCCCGCCCCGGGGACAUCGGCGCGCCAGUGGCCCCGCCCGCCCCGGGGACCUCGGCGGGCCCAGGCCGCCCGCAAUUUUAGGGGACCUCGGCGGGCCCAGUGGCCGCCCGCCCCCGGGGACCUCGGCGGGCCAGUGGCCCGCCCGACCGGAGACCUCGGGGGCGGGCCCAGUGGGCCCGGACCGCCCCGGGGACCUCGGUGGGGCCCAGUGCCUCGCCCGCCCAGGGGAAACCCGGCGGGCCGACUGGCCCGCCAGACCCAGGGACCUCAGCGGGCCAAACUGGCCUCCGCCCGCCCCGGGGGACCUCGGCGGGCCCAGUGGCCGCCCGCGCCGGGGACCUCGGGGGGCCAGUCCCGGCCCGCCCGCCCCGGGGACCUCGGACGAUUGGCCCGCCGCCCGCCCCGGGACAAGGAGGGCCCAGUGGCGCCCGACGCCCGCCCCGCCCCGGGGACCUCGGCGGCCCUAGUGGCCCACCCGCCCACCCUGGGGACCUUGGCGGGGCGAUGGCCCGCCCACCGCCCCCGGGGACCUCGCAGGCCCAGUGGCCCACCCACCGCCACAGGGACUUGCGGGGCGACUGGCCCAGCCCGCCCCGGGGACCCUCGGCGGGGCCCAGGGGCGGGCCCCGCCCGCCCCGGGGACCUCGGCGGGCGGGCCGACUGGCCCCGCGCCCCAGGGACCUUGGCAGGCCGAUUUGCCCAGGCCUGCCCCGCCCGGGGACCUUGGCCGGGGCCCAGUGGCCCGUCCCGCCCCGGGGACCUCGGCGGCGGCCCAGUAGCUCCGCCGACCCCCGGGGGACCUCGGCGGGCCAAGUGGCCCCCGCCCAGACCCGGGGACCGCGGCAGGGGUGACUGGGCCCGCCCGCCCCGGGGGGACCUCGGCGGGGGUGACUGGCCUGGCCCGCCCCGGGGACAUCGGCGGGCCAGUGGCCCGCCCGCCCCGGGGACCUCGGCGGGCCCAGGGUUGGCCCGCGCCCCCCGGGGACUCGGGCCUGCCAGCCCCGGGGACCUCGGCAGGCCCACUGGCCUGCCGCCCCAGGGGACCUCCGGGGACGGGCCCACUGGCCCGCCCGCCCCGGGGACCUCGACGGGCCCCCAGUGGCCGCCCGCCCGGGGACCUCGGCGGCCCAGUGGACCUCGGCGGCCCAGUGGACCUCGGCGGCCCAGUGGCCCGGGGCAUUCCCGCUCGGGGACCUCGGCGGGGCCCACUGGCCCGCCCGCCCCCACCGGGACCUCGGCGGGGCCACUGGCCCACGCCCGACCGGGGACGGUGGCAGCCACUGGGCCCGCCCUUCCGCCCCGGGGGGACCUCUGCGGGCCCACUAUUGGCCCGCCCUGCCCGGGGACCUCAGCUCGGGGGGCCCAUGGCCGCCCGCCCCGGGGAAACUCGGAGUGCCUCCUGGGCCCGCCCAGCCCCGGGGAACACUCGGCUGGCCUAUCCUGGCCGCACCGCCCCGGGGACCUCGGCUGGCCUCCGGGCCCGGCCCGCCCCGGGGACCUGGCGCGGGCGGCCCAGCGCCCGCCCCUUCCCCGGGGACCAUCGGCGGGCCUCCUGGCCCGCCCCUCCCCCACCCCCGGGGACCUUGGCAGGCCGACUGGCCCGCCCCCCCAGCCCCAGGGACCUCGGGGGGGGGGGGCGGGCCGACAGGCCCGCCGCCGCCCCGAGGACCUUACCUGA